AUGGCUUUGGUUCAAACUAGAGGUCGUGUGGAGGUAUCAUACUCUACGGCAUGGAGAGGCAGACAGAAAGCUAUAAGUUAUGUUCGUGGUACUCCAGAAGAGAGUUUCGAGCAUCUGCAUUCGUAUUUGUACAUGAUAGAGCAGUUUAAUCCUAGUACGACAUCAAGUGUUGAAGUGGAUGAGUUAGGAAGAUUCAAGUACCUAUUUGUCGCUCUGAGUCCUACCAUAGAAGGGUUUGCGGCAAUGAGGAAAGUGAUAAUUGUUGAUGCAAUUUUUUUGAAGAAUGGAUUUGGUGGAUGCCUUGUAUUUGCAACAGCUAAGGAUCCGAAUCAUCACCAUUAUCCCCUUUCUUUUGGGAAUGUAAGUCUGAUUAAUGCAAUAAGGGAUGUGUACCCGCAAGCUAAGCAUGGUUAUUGCAUUUAUCAUUUGGCCCAGAAUGUGAAAAAGAACGUUCGGAGAGAGAAAGAGUUAGUUCUAGGCAAGUUCAUGGAAGUUGUGAGGAAGUAUACAGAGGCUGAGUUUCUUGUGGCUUCUGGUCAACUGGGAGAAAGUGUGUUUGAUGAUGCGAGGAAGUAUGCUUUAUUUCCUAUGAUGGAUGCCAUCUUGUCAAAGGUAUCUGAGUGGUGUAACAAACAUAGGAAGGACGCUGCUACAGCACCUGGAGCACAUAAACUGGUUCCUUAUGUCGAAAAUGUCUUACACGGGAGAGUUGAAAUUGCUCAGUCCCUAAAUGUGACUGAGCUGAACUCGUUUCUGCUUGAAUACGCUGUGGUUGGUGGAGAUGGGAAGACUUAUCUGGUGAACUUGAAAACCAAAUCUUGUUCAUGCAGAUGGUUUGAUAUAGACAAAUAUCCUUGCGACCAUGCACUUGCCGCAGUGAGAAUUUUUAUGGCCAGGGAAGAUAGAAGUGAGGACAUCCACUCGUAUGAUUUGUGCUUGAAGUAUUAUACUACGGAAUUGUGGGCACUUGCAUAUGCCAGGACGGUAUACCCUGUUCCUCAUCGUUCACAAUGGGUAAUUCCAGAUGAUAUCAAGAAGAAGACUGCCCCAAAACCACCUGAGGUCCCGAAAAAAGCUGGAAGAAGGCAAGAGAGAAGAUUUGCAUCGGUUGGAGAGCGUGGACCAAGGCCAAGUAAUAAGCGUAAGAAAAGACAGGGUAAUACUGAGGAUGGAGUCGGGAAUGCGCAUGGUAAUACUCAGGGGAAUGAAGGCAGGGAUCCAAAUUUCAAUGCCAGUAAUCCUGAAGGGAAUGCGCAUGGUAAUACUCAUGGUGGAGGCUGGUGGCAAUAUUUCAAUGCCAGUAGUCCUGAGGGUAAUACUCAGGGUGGAUCUAGUACUCAGGACAGAUGA